AUGCUGAUUCGCCCGCCACUGGUUGCACGGCCGCCACCGCCCGUCGCGCGAAGCUCGGUGCUAUGCCGGGAUCAGCAGUCGCUCGACCAGCAGGCGCUACUUGGCGACGCGUUUGUAAGCAUGAUUUAUGGGGCUGUCCAGGGAGUGGUCGACGCGGUCCUCUCUCCCCUCGCCGAUGCCGAGCCGGAGCUCUUCACCUCUACGGAGCGGCUGCCGGCUCCGGCCGCUCAGGGCGCCGCACUCGCUCUCACCUGGGUCGCCGCCGCGCUCCUUCUGCGCCUGUACGACCCGUCGCUCACGCGAGGCGACGCGGCGCAGGCCGGCACCGCCUGUAUCGCCACGUGGGCAGGAGCGGUCGCGCUCGCGGAGGGUGGACUGCUCCUCCUCUCCAGCGCCGGGAUCGGCCCUGGCCCGCUGGAUGUUGCAGAGCUCGGCUUCCUCACGGGGUCGCUGAGCGUGCUCGCGGGCUGGCGAUGGAUCCUGUGGCGGACGGUCGGCGGCACGGCAGUGGCGUCUGAUGCAUCGCGGGUGUCCGAGGAGCUCAGCUCUAGAUCGUUCGGCCUCGGCGGCGGUCUGGCCACUGGACCCACGUCGCCAGUGCCCGUCUCGGCAGAGAAGGCCAAGCGGCUCGCUCACCUCCGCCAGAAGUACCGUCAGCAGGACUCCGCGCCGGACCUGUCACACGCGGCCGGGCAGAGCCCGCCAUCCUCGCUCAGCGUCGACGUCCGCUCGGUGCGAAUCGACCUGGGGCCGCGCGGCAGCGGCCGCGCCGUCGAGCGGAGAGAGUCGUUCCUACGGCAAGGCUCCGGUGGCAAGUCGGCCGCCUCGUCGAGCGACGCGUAUGAGCUGACGCCGCGCUGGUCGGCCUACUCCCUCCCGGCGGGCGUGCACCCCUCCUCGCUCGUCCUCGUCAAAGACUUUUGGAAUGCGAAGCUCGGCCAGCUCACCAUCCACGCGGGGCAGGCCUGGGCCGACGAGGCGGAGCGAGGACCGCAGUUCACCGCUUUCCGUGCCGACGUGCCGCCCGCCGGCGGAGCCGCGCCGCCGCCCGACGGCGCGGUGGCGGUGUACGACUUUUGGAAUCCCAACCUGCGCCAGCUCACCUUCCACACCGGCGGGCCACGCCAGGGCGAGGAGCGGCACAGCGUACAGUUCUACGCCUACCCGGCGGACGGCGGCGCGAGCCCGCCGCAGGGCACGGUGGCGGUGUAUGAGUACUUCAACACAAAGCUGCGCCGCGUGACCGCACACCCGGGAGGCCCGUGGCCCGACGAGACGCGCGGCGCGCAUGACGUCCUCUUCCAUGCGCUUCCCGCAGAGCCGCCCGCGCCGCCACCGCCGUCGCCGCCGCCGCCAGCCCCAGCCGGCGGCGCUUGCGCCGCUUGCGCCGCCUCCUCUGCCGCGGCCGGCUCGGGAUCGGGGCGCGAGGCGCAGGGCGAGGGCGAGUGGGAGGCGGAGCACGAGGUGGAGGUCUUCGAGAACGAGCGCUGGAGCUCCGUGCAGUGCCCCGCCCACCGCGGCUGGCGGGCGGGCGAGGGGUGGAUCAAGGAUCGCACCCCGGCGGCGCGCGGCGGUACCGACAAUGAGGGCUGGUUCUACGCGCAGCUCUUCUCCUCCUUCGACGCGGCGCUCGCGCAGGGCAAGACCAACCCGUCGAGCCGGCGCAUGUUCUGCCGGCGGCGGCGCUGGUACCGCCGCACUUCGCCGCUGCGCGCUGACGAGCGGCGCUCGUCGGUGGAGAGCAGGCACACGCUGGUGGUGCGGAGUGUGCCCAAGGAGCUGGCGGUGCCGGGCGAGUACAGCCGCUCGCUCCUCCUCUCCGAGGUUGCGUGGCGCGGCUUCGUCGGCAGGUACGUGGUGCAGACGGGCGCCAACUGGUUCCAGAGGUACUACGCGCUGCUGCUGCAGCUGUCGGGCGAGCCACGCGUCGCCGCCGUCGGCGACGGCAGCGACGGCAGCCCCCUCCGCAGCCCAAACAUCACGCGAGGCACCGCUCUCCUCGCGGCGUCGUUGCUCUCGCCAAGCUCGUCGGGGGUGAGCUGCGAGAGGUCGUGGACGGUGGGCGCCGGUGCGCAGGUUCUCGACCGCGGCACGAUGGAGCAGCCGUGUCGCUUCGCGCUGCGGCUGCCCGGCGACAGCGAACUCGCCUUCAACACCUCGACGCCUGAGCGCAAGGCGGCACUCACAAAGACGCUGCGGGCCGCGAUCGGCAAGGCGAGCGAGAUCGCGGCCGGGAUGGGAGAGCUCGACAUGUCGGCGCUCCUGUCGGAGAACCGGCGGCUCGAGGCGGCGGCAGUGGAGGAGGCGGCGCGCGCGGCGGAGGAGGAGGCGGAGGAGGCGGAGGAGACGACGCGGCUGAUGACGGGGCGGGGCGGGCGUGCGCGCGAGGUGCUUCUCGUCACGGUGUACGAGGCGGUCAAGCUGCGCAACGCCGACGCCAACUCGGCCUUCUUCAAGGACGACAAGAGCGACCCGUACGCCGCGGUGACCGUCACGCCGACGCGCGGCCGCGCCAUCACGCGCAAGACGCACUGGCUCGAGAACAACCUCGACCCGGCCUGGUACGCGUUCCCGAACGGCAAGCCCGCGACGGCCGAAGACGCGGCGGCGGGCCGCGCCACGGAGGGCGUGACGCUUGAGUUCCGGCCAGUCAGCUCGGGCGCCGCGACGCUGCGCGUGCUGCUGCGCGACCACAACGCGCUCACUUCCGACGAGGACCUCGGCUCCGUCUCGCUCCCGCUCCGCCAGCUGCCGUGGAAGGGCGAGGCCGAACUGCAGCGGUGGUUCACGCUCUCGUCGCAGGGCGCGGUCCGGCUCGGGCUGCGCUGGCUGUACGGCGAGCUGGCGGUCGUGCGCGGCGAGACGCACGACGCGCCCAACCUGAAGCGCACCCUCGCGCCGCUCCCCGCCUCGAUGCGCGUCAAGUCGGACAAGUGGAGCGCCGCAGAGGCGGCGGCGGCCGCCGAGGGGAGAGGCGUCGGCGCGAGCGAGGAGCGGCCGCCCACGGGCGAGUACACGCUGCUCGUCUACGUGGCGGAGGCGCGCGACGUGCAGGGCCGCGACGCCAACGGGAUGGCGGACUGCGCGCUCUUCGUCGAUGCGCUCGACGCGACGGAGCGGACCCGGUGCGUGCCGUCGACCCGCAACCCGCUCUUCGACCAGACGCUCUUCUUCUCGCGCAAGGAGACGGACGGCGCCUACCUGACGCGCCGCUCCGUCGCCUUCUCGCUGUACGACAUGAACACGCUCGCGCGCAAGGCGCUCAUCGGCAGCUUCUCGCUCGACCUCCUCGAGGUCUUCUACGCGCCCGAGCGCACGCUCCGCUCGGCGUGGCUCGGCCUCGCCCACCCGCACAGGAGCGAGGUGCAGGCCUUCGUGCGCGUCUCGCUGCAGAUGGUGGCGCCCGGCGACGCCCUUCGCCCGAUGGGCCGCUUCGGCCCAAGCCCCGUCCCGGGCUCUCCAGCCGCUGCGCGGGCCUCGGCCGCCUCAGUCGCCUCGAGCACUGCGGCGGGCGCGGCUGCGGCGGGCGGCGAGGCUGCUGGCGAGGCUGCUGGCGAGGCCGCCGGCGAGGCUGCUGGCGAGGCUGGCGACGAGGCUGACGAGGGCAGCGUCGUGCUGAUGCCUCCGUCGGUGCCGCAGCGCAUCGUCUUUUUGGUGGUGUCGCUGCGGCGGGCCGAGGGGCUGGUGCCCAGCCAGAGCAGCAAGAGCCUGCUCGGCGGCCGGCGCGAGGGCAUGGACGCGUACGUGCGCGUCUCCUUCAACGGGCACCGCGUCCGCACCAGCCCGGUCUCGUCGCGCAACCCGGCCAUCCUGACUGAGUUCUGGCUCCCGGUCGUCGAGCCCACUUGCGGCAACCUGAUCACCCUCGCCGUCGCCGACGCGUCGGCGGGCUCGGCCGCGGGCGGGCUGGUCGCGUCGACCGUCCUCUCCUUCGCCGACGUGCCCGCGGACGCGGAGCCAGAGUACCGCUGGCUGCAGCUCUACUCCCCCUUCUCCAAGCGGCACACCUCCACCGCCGCCGCGUCGGGCUCGGCGGUCGGCGCGGCGCCCGCGCCCCCAGACGCUGCCGAGAGCUCGGACAACGGCGGCGGAGGCGGCGAGGAGGCGGCGGGCGAGGCGGCGGGCGAGGGGGUCGCGCGGGCGCACGCGGCGACCCAGGCGCGCGGCGAGCCGCUCGGCUGGUGGCGCGGCGCGUUGCUCCUCGGCCUCAACCGCGCGCCUUCCGAGCCGGCCCUCGAGCUGCGCAACAUCCCGUACGUGCGCGAUCUGCCGCCCUCGCAGGCGGGCGCCUUUGGCUCCGACCACGGCGAGCCAGACACGGACGAGUACGCGCUGCGCGCCGCGGUGCUAGUCGGCUCCGACACCCUCGCGGGCAAGCGGCUCUGCGUCUCGCUCCACUGGGGCCCGUAUGUCUGGCUGUCGCCGACCGCGCAGGCCGACGCGGGCUCCCUCGUCGAGUGGUACGCCGAGCUCCGCCCGACCGGCUCGCGCGACCUCAAGGUCUCGCUCCCGGCGGUGGAGAUCUCGGACCAGCUGCCAGACGUGCUCGUGUACCUCUGCCACGACACGCGCCCCUCGAACGCCCUCUCCGCCGCCCUCGACGCGGCGGACCUCUCCCUCGACCGCGGCCUUAAGCGCGUCGGCUUCCUCCGCCUCUCCGCGCCGCAGCUGCUCGCCGCCCGCGGCCAGAUGGAGCCCGCCUGGGAGCUGCUCGACGGCUACGACUCGGGCGCGUUUGGCGCCGGCGCACGCAUCCCGUCGCUCCGGCUCUGCGUUGGCAUCGCGCCGGCGCUGCGCGGUUUCACGCUGCCGCCACCGAGCAUCAAGCUGCCGCUCGAGCUCCGGCUGCACCUCUUCCAGGCGCGGAGGCUGCCCUCGGCGCCCGACACGUACGCGCGCCUCUCCUUCAUGGGGCACUCUGUCAAGAGCGACACCGUGUACGGUUCGAGCAACCCGCACUGGUACAAGACGCUGCGGCUCGAGGUGUACUCGCUCGAGCCGGAGACGGCACCCGACGCCGUGCUCUCUCUCCACGCCAAGGGCGGCCGUCUGCUCGGCAUGGUGCGCUUCCGGCCGGCGGACGCGCUGGUGCUCGACUACUCGCGCGACGAGCAGCCGCCGCUGCCGGAGCCGCGCUGGCACGCCCUCGAGCCACGCGGCGGCGUCGGCGGCGGCGGCGGCGAGGAGGUCCUGCUCGUGCUCCAGCUCCUCUCGCUGGGCGGCGCCGCCGGCUCCGCCGCCGGCUCGUCGCCGCCGAUGCCGAUGCUCCGGCCGAGCAGCCGGCGCGCGUUCGUGCAGCUCAUCGUCCUGGGCUUGCGCGAGCUGCAGCCGCACCACCAGCCCGCGGCGCGCAAGCCGUGCCUCGCCCUCUCCACCGGCGAGUCGGACCGCGUCGACGCGGUCCGCAGGACGUCGCGCUCCAACACGCCGUCGGCGCGCAACCCCAACUUUUGCGAGCAAGUGCUGGUGCCGGUGGACUUGCCGGACAACCACAUCUUUUGCCCCAGCCUCGAGGCGCGCGUGCUCGACGAGCUUUUCGGCGGCGUCGCCGCCCUCACGCUCGGCGUCGCCUCGGUCGACUUCUCGGCGCGCAUCCCGUGGCAGUCGCGGCGCACCCUCGAGUACCAGCGGCGCAGCGUGGUCUACGAGAACCAGUUGUACAACGCCGCCAGCGCUGCGUGGGUGCCGACGAUCGCCGUGCCGCCGCCGUGGUCGGACCACCGCGGCGCUGCCAAGGAGAAGGCGGAGGCGGUGCUGCGCGGCGCCGAGUGGGAGUGGGCCGACGAGUGGACCGUCCAGCAGUCCAAGAGGACCGACGGCAACGGCUGGGAGUACGCGGCUCGCUUCGACCAGCCGCAUUGGGCGCCAAACCCGCGCGUCAAGGCGGUGCGGCGGCGGCUGUGGUAUCGCGUGCAGCAGCUCGUCAGCCGCGACGUGGCGAGGAGCAAGCUGCGCGAGGGAGGCAUGGUGGCGGUGCUGGUCGGGCUGCGGCCCGCGCGCUCGGGCCGGCUGUCGAGCCGUCCGUCGGGUGGCGGGGGCGGCGGCGCUGUCCCCCCGGGGAAGGGGGCGCCCGGCUGCGCCAGCGUCCGGGUCAGCGAGCUCGGGGGAGUGGGGGCUGGAGAGAAGGCUGGAGAGAAGGCUGGAGAGAAGGCUGGAGAGAAGGCUGGAGAGGGGAGCGAUGACGAGGACGAGGAGCUCGUGCCCGACUGGCUGAGCGGGCGAAUGGAGUGCCCGGGCGAGCUGGAGGCGCUGAUCGAGGAGCGGCCCUUUGAGCGGUGGGAGGUGCUCGCCUCGGAGGGCGCGAGCGCGGUGUGCGGCUCGCUCAAGGGGCUGCUGCGGGUGGUGCGGCGCGAGGAGGACGCGCCGAUCGCCGAGCUCCCCGUGCCGCUCGCCGAGCUGCUCACGCCCGCACUGCACGUCGUGCGGCUCUACGUGCUGCGCGCGGAGCACCUGAUGCCCGCAGACGCCUCGGGCACCAGCGACCCGUACCUGCGCAUCACGCUCGGCGACACGACGAUCUCGACGCGCGAGCGCAAGAUCAGCCGCGUGACGGACGCCGAGUUUUACGAGCGCUUCGAGCUGCGCGCCACGCUGCCGGGCGAGGCGGAGCUGCGGAUCGAGGCGACACACCGCGAACCCUCGCCCCCCCCAGGCCUCUCGCAUUCACAGCCGCCUGACCGCCGCGCGAUUGGUGAUGGCCAGGUGAUGGACCACGACCUGCUCGACAGCGACGACCUGAUCGGCUACACCAAGGUCGACCUCGAGGACCGCGUCUUUAGCCGCGAGUGGCGCGAGCUGGGUGAGCGCACUCCCGAGUGCGUGUGGGGCCGUGGCGCCGUCCGUGACCGCCGCGUGGCCUUCCCAGGCGACCUCAAGCCGCUCGAGUGGCGGCCGCUCCACUCCCCCUACUCGAACAACCCGCAGGGCCGGCUGCAGCUCUGGGUGGACGUCUUCCCGCUCGACGUCGAGGCGCCGCCCCCGCCGCCGUGCGACAUCGCCCCGCCGGGCGAGCAGCGGUGGGAGCUGCGCGUCAUCGUGUGGCGCACGCGCGACGUGCUGCCGCACGACUACUUCACCGAGAUGAACGACCUCUACGCCGUCGUCGCCUACGGCACGGCGCCGGCGAUGCACACGGACACGCACUGGCGCUGCCGCGACGGCUGCGGCUCCUUCAACUGGCGCUGCAAGUUCCCGCUGCGGCUCGGCCACCGCCGGCGGGUGGACGAGCGGCUGACGGUGCAGCUGUGGGACCGCGACGUGCUCAAGUACAACGACAACAUCGGCGAGGUGGUGGUGCCGCUGCAGCGCUUCUUCGCAAAGGCCUUCCGCGCGCGCGUGCAGCAAGCAAAGGCGGCGGCCGCCGCCGACGCGGCGGCCGCCGUCGGGGAUGACGGCGCGUCCGCCGCCGGCCGCGGCCGCAAGGGCUCGUCGGCGCUGAGUGGCUGCCAGCUCGAGGGCGACCCGGGCCUGCGGCCGCCGUCGGAGACGAGCGUCCGCACCGCGCUGGCGCGGCUGCUGAGCGAGAGCGCCGCCCCGCUCGAGUGCGUCUCUGGCGAGGCGCAGAAGCUCUGGCUGCCGCUCCACGCAAAGAGCGGCGCUGCCGGCCGCCCGAAGAGCGCCGGUUGGGUCGAGGUCUCCGUCGAGCUCGUCCCCGCCGAGGUGGCGGAGGCCUUCCCGGCGGGGGCUGGCCGUGCCGAGCCGAACGAUAUGCCCAAGCUGCCGCCGCCGACCGGGCGCGUGCGCUGGUCGUUCAACCCACUGCGCAAUAUGUACUACAUCCUCGGCCCGAAGCUCUGCGCCAAGUUUGGCUGCGCGGCCUGCCUCACCAUCUCUUUGGUGGUAUUUGUCGUGCUGCUCGUACAGAUGGUGCCGGUUCUCGCGGCCAACCUCGUGACCGAGCUGCUGCUGGCGCCGUGCGGGUGACCGGGCCGCCGCUUUCGAUUACGUCGUUCUCACUACUCUAACACAGCGCGCGCUUCGUCUCUUGGUCUCUUUGCAUCGCAUAUAAGGCGCACGCAGUGAGAAAGUCGUCAGCAUGGCCCAAUUUGCAGCAUGGUCGUCAGUUCAGAGUCAGUACUAGCCCCGUAGGGCGCCGACAGGACAGGUGUGUUUUGUGUCACUUACGUGGUGGUGUGUACAUACAAAAUGCAUGCACAUGG